AGUUGCGACGCAGAACAAGUUGUUCAAAAGUUGUGGCGUUCUGUUGUGGAGGGUUCGUACGAUCACCCCCACAAUCUAUUCAUCCGCCUCACAGCAUAAAAGGAGCUUCAUUGGGCCCUUGUACUGUCCUAAACUUAGGAAAUAAAUGGCAUUCACGACACGACUCUUUAGGCCGGCUUUGGCUACAGGCUGCAAAACAACCUCUCGCGCUUUCGCCACAGGCACAAGUAAACCGAAGUUCGACUGGACCGAUGCGUUCGACUUGAACUCCCAGUUAACGGAGGAGGAACGUCUCGUAAGGGACUCGGCACGAGACUACUCGCAAACGAAACUCCUUCCCAGAGUCAUCGAAGCGACAAGGAACGAAAAAUUCGACCGCAACAUCAUGUACGAGCUGGGAGAGCUUGGAAUGCUGGGGUCAACGAUUAAUGGAUACGGAUGUGCAGGAGUUUCCUCUGUCGCCUAUGGCCUGAUUGCUCGGGAGGUUGAAAGAGUUGACUCGGGGUACCGUUCAGCAAUGAGUGUACAAUCAUCUCUUGUAAUGCAUCCCAUACAUGCGUACGGAACAGAAGCGCAACGCGAAAGAUACUUGCCGAAGCUCGCCACCGGCGAACUUGUUGGGUGCUUUGGGCUGACUGAACCAAACCACGGUUCUGAUCCCGGGUCUAUGGAGACAGUGGCAAAGAAAGUCGAUGGCGGAUAUGUUUUGAAUGGAUCCAAGACAUGGAUCACUAACUCACCUAUCGCCGACGUAUUUGUUGUUUGGGCCAAAUCAGCUGAAGAUGGGCAGAUUCGUGGUUUUAUUCUGGAAAAGGGAAUGAAAGGCCUGUCGGCUCCAGCCAUUAAAGGCAAGUUUUCCCUACGUGCGUCCAUCACCGGCAUGAUUAUGAUGGACGACGUGGAAGUUCCGGACGGCAACUUGUUGCCCAAUGUCGCCGGACUUAAGGGACCUUUUGGCUGCCUGAACAAUGCCCGAUAUGGAAUCUCUUGGGGUGCACUUGGAGCAGCAGAAGCAUGCGUCAAGCAAGCUGUCGAUUAUACUUCGGAACGGAAACAGUUUGGAACUCCUCUAUCGUCUUUCCAGUUGAUCCAAAAGAAGCUUGCAGACGCCCUGACAGAAAUUAGUAUCGGCCUACAGGCUUGUUUGCGAGUUGGGCGGUUGAAGGAUGAGGGCAAGCUGGCCCCUGAGAUGGUUAGCAUCGUCAAGCGGAAUAGUUGUGGCAAGGCGUUAGAUAUUGCAAGAACUUGUAGAGACAUGCUAGGAGGCAACGGGAUUUCUGACGAGUAUCACAUUAUCCGUCAUGUGAUGAAUCUAGAGGCCGUCAACACUUAUGAGGGUACCCAUGACGUUCACGCUUUGAUUCUUGGUAGGGCGAUAACAGGUAUACCCGCCUUUUACACAUCGAAGCGCGACUAGGAUUAGAAAUAGUAGACGUACUAGAGUUUGCAUGACUUGGAGCGUUUAGUAUGAAGAGUAGGAUAAGAAAUGUUGGCACUAGUUCUCCAGCUCACGGCAACGUGCACAAUACAAUCACAUCCGACCCACAGGUUACCUCGCCAG